UAGGCAUCAUAUGGAUUUAUUUUUAGGAUACUUUCGCCUGCCGCCCAGUUAUUUUUGUCAUCGCCUCUCUUAUAAUCUUGAAAAUGUAGUAGUAGGAGUCACACUCUUUUUGUGGCAUUCCUGGGCUUCAUCCCUUGUAAUACUUGACAGUAUGUAUAUUAACAAUAUCCUCCUCUGCCAGUGGAGCGUCGAUACAUCAGUAAUAUGCUGGAAAUAUUCAUCCACCUCAUGAGAACUACGAGUAUAUUCUGUCUAUUCGUUCUUCACUAUCAAGUGUAAAGUUCCCUGCUAUGGCCCAUAUGCACAUUUCUUUACGGGACGGCCUAUCAAAGGCGUUCAACCAUCCGUUCUUAUCCUAUUUCUUCUACAUCAACACCCUUAUACUGCGAUUAAAUGCCCCAAAACAACCCCAGGCAGUUGGGAAACCCUCGUGCUCGGCAACAGCUGCGUUCCGGAGGGUGGAGUCGGAAGCACACACUGACUCGGACUACCACGCGCGAUACUGGUGGAAAUCUUCCGGGUACGCGCUGGCUAUCCUUCUCGAGAAGGCGGGAUACUCUAGUCAGGCGCAGUAUGAAAUAUUAAGAUUUGUUAAGGGCAUCACACCUAGCUUAGGAGCUGCUUACGUGCCGGGGCGACAGCGGUGGAGGAGUUUUAUGACGGACGACCAUAAUCCCAUAGAGCUGAGCUGGGACUGGCGUACUGGUGGCAAGUCGCCCAAGAUACGUUUUUCGAUCGAACCUGUUGGAGUUCACGCGGGGACACACCUCGACCCCAACAAUCAGUAUGCUGCUUCUAGGCUCCUGGAGACGAUGUCCCAGCUUCUGCCUGAAACAAGCAUGGAGUGGCUUGCUCACUUCAGACAGAGGUUGAGCGUCGAGGAUGCAGGGGCAUCUGUGGAAGGCCACCAGUCGAAAGAGUUCUACGCUUAUGACUUGGGCGAGGAGGGUAUCAUAAGCAAGGCAUAUUUCUUCCCUGGGUUCAAAGCCACGGCCACGCGGCGAUCCAACCUUGAUGUCAUCUCGGAUACUAUAGAGACUGCUCCUGGCUGCUCGCCGGAGAAGCUUCAAGCUCUGGAGAUAUUCCGAGACUACGCCUGUGAUCCGUCGACCCCACGGCUAGAGAUGGACAUGCUAGCGAUAGACCUCGUAGAUCCAGCAGAAUCUCGCUUCAAGAUCUACUUUCGUAUCCGCGAUACUAGCUUCGCUUCCGUUAGGAAGGCCAUGACUUUGGGAAACCGAAUUAGAAUGCCGGACAUGGAACGAGGCCUAGAGGAUCUGCGAUCGAUAUACCACGCAUUAUUGGGUGGAGGUACGGAUGGGGAUGCUGGCGACAUACAACUCCCCGCUAAGGAUCAUCGAACUGCUGGUAUCCUCUAUAAUGUGGAGUUCAAGUACGGGAGUAAAAGCCCUAAGGUUAAGGCGUACCUUCCCGUUCGGCAUUACGCGCGAAGCGAAGAAGCUGUCAUGUCGACGGUAGACGAGUAUCUGAGUAGAGCGACCCCCCUGACUAGGGUCAAUAUGACCAAUUAUAGGAGCGCCAUGGAGACAAUAUUGUAAGUGGACCAUCUCUUCUUUCUAGGCCUCUUCUGUGCAACCCGAAGAGACGAGAUAUCCCUACAUAGGAUGUUCGGUAGAG